AUGCAAGAAGUUAUAGCUACCGAUCAUUGGGAUCCAUCAUCCUGGUGGAGUCGAUUUCCCCUCCUACACAGGCUGCCACCACCAUCACCUCAGCGACAUUACCCCUCCCCUGUGGUAACUGUGAGCACCAAGGAAGAGCCAGGUAUUGGUGACGUGGUCAAUAGCAGAGGUCUUUCCGCUGGUGAGGAAAUUAAGAACGAACGAAGAAUCCCAGGGCGUCAGGAAGACGGGACCGAUUGGACAACUUUUGCCUCAUCCCCCAAACCACCACUACAUCGGGCUAAUUCGUGUACAAUGACAGUUAGGAAAACAUCCCUCACCGAUUCCGGUUUGUCUCCAGUCCCGUUUGUUUCCCAACAGUUAUCUUGUCCGACCACCGAGUUGCCUACUCUGCCACAUUGGAGAAUACAACCCAUCUGUGCGGGUUGCGAACAAACCAUGGACUCACAGAAUCCCUGUCUUCGCUUAUCCGACGGUCGUCUGUGGCAUAUGGAUUGUCUUGUCUGUGCACAUUGUACGAAACCACUUCAUCUGGACCGAAGCUGCUUCUGUCGAGAUGAUCAAAUUUACUGCAAAGAUGACUACCAAAGGUGA